UGAGAACACGGAACGUGGGAACUGGUCCAAUAAAUCAGAAUAUCUUUUGUCUAUGGUCGGAUAUGCUGUGGGCUUAGGAAAUGUCUGGAGAUUUCCCUAUCUUACUUUUCAGAAUGGUGGAGGCGCCUUUCUCAUCCCCUAUACUAUUAUGCUUGCCCUUGCGGGAUUGCCGUUAUUCUUUCUGGAAUGUUCUCUUGGACAGUUUUCCAGUUUGGGGCCAGUAGCGAUGUGGAAAGUUCUCCCAAUAUUUGAAGGGGUUGGCGUCACUAUGGUCCUCAUUUCAACUUUAGUAACUAUCUAUUACAAUGUCAUCAUUGCCUACAGUUUAUAUUACUUAUUUGCAUCAUUUGCAAGUGUUUUACCAUGGUCGGAAUGUUUUGAUUGGUCGGAUGAAAAGUGCAGCAAAACACCCCUAGUCAAAUUUUGCAAUGUGACGGAUGGGUCUAAUUUCUAUCAAUCAGUCAAUAUGACCUGGGUUUUAGGAAAUAACUAUACAUGUUUAGAAAAUUCUACUGUGAAAGGGAACACUGAACUUCCAAGCAAACAAUACUGGGAUAAAGUUGCUCUUCGGCGUUCGGAUGGACUGCAUGAAACUGGUGCAGUCGUUUGGUAUUUAGCCCUAUGUCUCCUCUUGUCAUGGAUGAUAAUUGGAGCUGCAUUGUUUAAAGGAAUAAAAUCAUCAGGAAAGGUGGUAUACUUUACAGCAAUCUUUCCAUAUAUUGUCCUGCUUAUUCUCCUGAUACGAGGUGCAACGUUAGAAGGAGCCUAUGAGGGAAUAAACUUUUAUAUUGGGACGCAGUCAGACAUUUCAAAGCUAAUGAAUGCUAAUGUUUGGAAAGAUGCUGCCACGCAAAUCUUUUUUUCACUUUCAACCGCCUGGGGUGGGCUGGUGGCGCUGUCAUCCUAUAACAAAUUUAAAAACAACUGUUAUGCUGAUGCCAUAAUGGUUUGUGUUACAAACUGUCUGACUAGUGUGUUUGCUGGUUUUGCUAUCUUCUCAAUCCUGGGGCAUAUGGCAUUUAAAGCAGAGAAAAAAGUUUCAGAUGUAGUGGACUCCGGAUUUGCGCUAGCCUUUAUUGCGUACCCCGAAGCUUUAUCACAGUUGCCUGUUGCACCUCUCUGGUCCUGCUUGUUUUUUUUCAUGCUGCUGACGCUAGGGCUGGAUUCUCAGUUUGCCUCUGUGGAAACCAUAACUACAACAAUUCAUGAUGCGUUCCCUCACGUAAUGAAGAAAAUGAGAGGCAUUAUGACAGUGGGAGCCUGUGUUGUAUUUUUCCUGCUUGGUCUUCUCUGUGUGACACAGUCAGGAAUUUACUGGGUGGAUCUAAUUGACUAUUUCUGUGCUGGAUGGGGAAUCCUUAUUGCUGCAAUCUUGGAACUUGUGGGAAUCUGCUGGAUUUAUGGUGGUAACCGCUUCAUUCAAGACAUUGAAAUGAUGAUAGGACAGAAAUCGUGGAUCUUCUGGCUGUGGUGGAGAAUGACAUGGUUUUUCAUAACUCCUCUACUACUAACUGCCAUCUUAAUCUGGUCUCUGGUAACCCUAGAAACGCCCAAGCAUGGCACUGUGGAAUAUCCAGCAUGGGGAGUUGCUUUGGGCUGGUGCAUGAUUAUAUUCUGCAUCAUUUGGAUUCCUAUACUGGCAGUUAAAAAAAUGAUACAAGCUGAAGGAACUCUGUGGCAGCGCUUUAUCCGAAUCUGUCGCCCAACCCCAGAUUGGGGACCUGCUUUGGAGAAAUACCGUACUGGAAGAUACAAAGAUACAGGCCAUAAAGACAGUAAAGGACUGGAAAUACCAACCAUUGAAGGAGGAUUAAACGGCUUUGACAACAAAGCAUUUUCCUAGUGUAAAUAUUCUUAAAGGCAAACCUCAGUGUGAUAUUAGGAAAGAGGAAGAUGUUUAGGUGUUGUAUGUAUUAAUUUGAUGGAUAAGGUACUACUUGCAUUCAAGUACUACUUUAAUCUCCGGUUGCACUGACAAUAGGUCUUACAAUACAAAGCUGGUUGCACAUAUACACGUGCCAAGCAUAAAUCAGGGAAAAAAUAGAAACCCAUCUUACAUAAUGCUUAAAUUGAGGUAGUUUUCUUUAACCCUGUCUGUGCUUGGAUAGCAGUAUAAACACAGUGUGUUCAAUUUCUAUCUAGUAGCUAAGGGGUUAAAUGAUUUGGACUAAAUGGUUAAAAUCACAAAAUUGUUAAGUUCCCAGUUUUUUGUUUAUUUAUAUGGUACAGAUUUGUAGCUCGAUGAUGUCAUAGAUCAUGAAAGUAUUGCACAGUAAUACAUUUACAGUAUAAUGCCAAACACAUGCUGAUUUAUUUGUCAUUGUCAUGCAAUGCAGUGUUGUUCCAUGCUUAUCUGUAUGUGAAAACAUAAAACAAAGGUGGUGCCUUAAAGGGACAGUAUACUGUAAAAUAGUUUUUCCCUUAAUGUGUUUACAAUUGCUUUUUUUACCAACUGCAGAGUAAAAAAAUGUAUGAAAAUUAGCUUUUUAAGUGUUUUGUGUUUUGAAGCCACAACCUAAUAAAAUGGGUUGAACUUGUAGGUAUAAUCAGAUCUCAUUACUGUAUCACAUUGUGCACAUAUACCUGCUUCUUUAUCUUAUAUCUGUCCUUAAAACAAUCACUAAUACUUUGAGAGAACAAUGGAAAAUCAACAUUUUAUUACCUUAUCUCUGCUUUAUCACACUGGGGGCGCGAUCCGAUAUCGAUCGCAGUUUGCGGCGCAAGCGAGGGAACUGGCGUCGCCCGCAGUUUCAGCUCGCAACUCGAGCCAUCCCAUAUAGGUCGCCGUCAGAUGCUAACGUGCCGUAAGUCUCACAAACCAGCGAUGUCCAGAAAUCUGCGUAAGUACAAAUUUCUGGCGUCGCCAGUGACUUGCGCCACGUUAGAAUCUGCCGGCGCCUAUAAAACCUGACUAAAGUUUAAAACACCCGCACUGUCUAACACGCCUCCCUAACAUAGC